CCAUGGAACUGCUUUGCGAUAAUGGCACUAACUUCGUUGGAGGUAAUCGAGAACUACAAGAGACCUUCACUGCUAUGUCACCAAGGCUCCAGGAGCUGCUGGCUGAGCAGAGAAUCCGGUUUCGACACAAUCCACCGAGUGCUCCUCACUUUGGGGGAACCUGGGAGCGUGAGGUAAAAUCAGUCAAGACAGCACUGCGGGUAAUCCUUCGAGAGCAGUCAGUCCCAGAACCAGUACUACAAACCCUUCUGGUGGAAGUUGAGAGCAUUUUAAAUGCCAAGCCACUUGGCUAUGUAUCCUCAGAUGUUGCAGACUUGGAUCCAGUGACUCCAAAUUUGCUUCUUAUGGGUCGCCGUGAUGCCUCUCUACCUCAGGUCCUGUACGACUCUAACAACUUGCUUGGAAGACGGAGAUGGCGACACAGUCAGGUCCUGGCUGACUGUUUCUGGACUGCCUUCAUUCGCCAUUACCUCCCAGGCUUGCAAUGUCGUCAAAAGUGGAGGACGGAUGUCAAAGAACUGACAGUUGGUCAAGUAGUGCUUAUUGUCGAUCCACAACUUCCACGGGCGCUCUGGCCUGUCGGCACUGUGAUUGAGACCCUGGUUGGGGCUGAUGGCAGAGUCCGUAUCGCCAGAGUCAAAGUUAAGGAUAAAACUUACACCCGUCCAGUUGUCCGACUCAUCCCGCUUCCUCGUCUUGAGGACUCCGACAUCGACACUUCAGACAGGCUUUCUUAGGGUGUUUAAUUAUCUUGACAGAUAAUUGGGGCGGCAAUGUCAGAAACCCUGUUCUAGGAACUAAUGUUUGUUUAUUGUUUCCUGCACGUUCCGUUAUUAGUAACGCACCCGGUAGAAAAUGAAAGUAAAUUAUCGGUUAUGCUGAUGGUUUUGUUCUGUGUAAAUGCGUUCAUGCAAUACACGUAAGUGCACAUCUAUAUUUUAUUAGUAUGUGUAGUGCAUGUGAUUGGUGAUUUCCUAUGUUUAUAUUGCUUGGAUUUACCGUUUAUUUGGCUGUAAUCUGCCGAGCUAAUCUGAUGAGUCAUCACUAGUAGCGCGGGCGUUUUGCUCCGAUAAAGCGCGAGUGUUUGUUUACAGCAUUGUAUUAUACCAUAUACAAGCACAGAUGCAAACCCAGAUGCAUAUUCAAGAUUGUGAAUAAAUGUCUCAUAACCAAGAAUCUCUUCUUCACUCCUCAAUUCUCUAAUCGGAAUUUGAUCCAUAUUUGUCCGCCUCAAUCAGCGGAACUUUUAAUUGUAGUGGGACUUCGCUACAAGUAUCAUAGAAAGUAACAUAUUUUAGCAAUAGUGUAAAA